AUGGCCCAAAUCCAGCGCCUCGAGGAUGCUGCUACCAAUCCCUUAACCGGAUCCGAAUGGCCGGCCGAUCACAGCAAGAUUGUACAAGGCCGCCGCACCUUGCCAGUCCAUGGCAAUUUAGAUGAGAUUCUGGAAGCAUACCACCAGAAUCAAGUUCUCGUCUUAUCUUGCGAGACUGGUUCAGGAAAGUCAUCGCAGAUCCCACAGAUGCUUUUUUAUGAUGAAUACGAAAGCGGUCUUCGGGUCGCCUGCACCCAGCCACGACGAUUAGCCGCAACUACACUGGCCGAGCGUGUCUCAAAGGAAAUGGCAGUGGUCUUGGGAGAGGAGGUUGGCUACGUCAUCGGUGGCGAGAAAAAGAUGGACAAAAAGAUGAAGAAAUCGCGUCUACUCUAUAUGACUGAAGACUCCCUUGUGAGGAGGCUGGGCUCUGAUAACAACUUUCCCGAUUUUGCAUGCAUCAUCAUUGAUGAAGCACAUGAGAGGACUGUGGAGGCUGACAUGCUGAUGGCACUGCUGAAGAAAACCUUGCGCCAUCGCAAAGACCUCAAGCUGAUUAUCAUGUCAGCUCCUGUGAAUAUAAGCAAGUUCCAGGACUACUUCAAUGGGUGUCCAUUGGUCCAUGUUGCCGGACAGAAUCACAAGGUCGAGAUCAAUUAUUUGGCUCCAAGAACGGCCUGUAACGACCUCAGAGCCUUGGCCGUUAAUGUGGUGGCGAUGAUCCACCAGAGCUAUGGACCAGGAAAUAUCCUUGUCUUUCUUCCUGGGCAAGGCGAAAUCAACCAAGUCUGCGAUUUGCUCCGCAAGUAUCUCAAGGAUCUUGACGUCUUUGCCCUGUAUUCAAAAUUGUCAUCCAGGAAACAGCAUAUGGCUCUGAAUCCCGAAGGCCCAAACCGGAAAUGCAUUGUCUCUACCAACAUUGCAGAGACUAGCCUCACUAUAGACAAUAUUGUCUAUGUUGUUGACUCGGGUUUAUCAAGACAAUUGGUAUAUAACCCUCGCCUUGACAUGGAUAUGCUUCGGGUAGCACCAAUAUCCCAAGCAUCUGCAAACCAACGUGCAGGCCGAGCUGGCCUCACGAAGAAUGGGGUUUGCUUGCGACUCUAUAGCAAGGAAGACUUCGAGCUUAUGGACGCUUCAACCGAGCCUGAUAUCCGCCGCCGGUCAUUUCAAGCAACAGCCCUGAGAUUGCUCAGUAUUGGUUACAUGAAUAUUGUGGGCUUUAAAUGGAUGGAUGCUCCUCAUCCAGAUUCAAUCUUACGAGCUGCCCAGGACCUUCAAGACUGGGGAUUCUUAAAAGACGAUGGCUUUCUCACUCCAUUAGGCCGGAUUGCCGCGCACUUUCCGAUAGAUCCAAUCUGGUACCGCGCCAUCCACAUUGGUGCUGGGCUCGGCUGUGCUUUCGAUAUUGUUGAUAUUGCGGUAGUGUGCCACUCCCAAAAGUCAAUCUUUGCACAUGCCCCUGAGCACCAGCGGGUAGCAGAUCUGUUCAGAGCUACUGCUGCAAGAUAUCCAUCCGACCACGUGGCUCUUGCAAACUUCUUCCACAUGUUUAUGGCUGAGCGUGAGAAAUGCCAGCCAGACGAAGAUCCCCGGUCUAAGCUCCAUGACUGGUGCAAAUAUAACUUCCUCGACUUUGACGCAUUGGAAGGGAUUCGAAAUACAAGGAAAAGGCUGCACAAAUUCUUAGGGGCCACGGCAAAGCUCAAACCCUCAAUGGCAUCACAGAGAGAUGUGACGAGUGUGCCUAAGGCUCUCGCAAUUGCCUUCGCUCAUCACGCAGCCAUCUACAAUGGUGGUGAUGAUGAAUACCGAACUGUUCCUGAGAAUACUUCUGGUCGCCUGUCACCAACCAGCUGCCUUGUCAACGGGAACUGGGAGUGGAUUGUAUAUCACCGCUUUAGUGCGACUGGAACGAAAGUCUACUUUGAGAUAGCUACAGCUAUUGAUGCUGAAUGGCUGGUGGAUCUACCAAACUUCCAGGAAAACCAAUUGGCAUUAAAGAAGGAUGGGAGCUUGCGACAACCUAAAGUCAAGAACUCCCUUGAUGCCGCGAAAGCCAGAAUUGCCGCUUCCACAACUAUCUAA